CUCUCCCUCCUCCGCCUAUCCGCUCCGUCCUCCACACGUCAGGCGUGCCGUGUCUCUCCUUCCUUCCCUCCCUCCCGUCCGAGCCUGCUAUAAAUUCCCCGUCCCCUCCCGUCUCCUCUCCACACAUCCGAUCCAAUCCAAUCCAGUCCCCCUCCGAUCUCACCGAGAAAUCGACGCGAAGGCUCUCUGCCCGUCCUCAAGAUGCAGAUCUUUGUGAAGACCCUCACCGGCAAGACCAUCACCCUCGAGGUCGAGUCGUCGGACACCAUCGACAAUGUCAAGGCCAAAAUCCAGGACAAGGAGGGCAUCCCUCCGGACCAGCAGCGUCUCAUCUUCGCUGGCAAGCAGCUUGAGGAUGGCCGCACCCUUGCUGACUACAACAUCCAGAAGGAGUCCACCCUCCACCUGGUGCUCAGGCUACGUGGUGGCAUGCAGAUUUUUGUGAAGACCCUCACCGGCAAGACCAUCACCCUUGAGGUCGAGUCCUCGGACACUAUCGACAACGUCAAGGCUAAGAUCCAGGACAAGGAGGGCAUCCCUCCGGNCCAGCAGCGUCUCAUCUUCGCUGGUAAGCAGCUUGAGGAUGGCCGCACCCUGGCGGACUAUAACAUCCAGAAGGAGUCCACCCUUCACCUGGUGCUCAGGCUCAGGGGUGGGAUGCAGAUUUUUGUGAAGACCCUCACCGGCAAGACCAUCACACUUGAGGUCGAGUCCUCGGACACAAUUGACAAUGUGAAGGCUAAGAUCCAGGACAAGGAAGGCAUCCCUCCGGACCAGCAACGUCUCAUCUUUGCUGGCAAGCAGCUGGAGGAUGGCCGCACCCUGGCUGACUACAACAUCCAGAAGGAGUCCACCCUCCACCUGGUGCUCCGCCUUCGUGGGGGCAUGCAAAUCUUUGUCAAGACCCUCACCGGCAAGACCAUCACCCUGGAGGUUGAGUCCUCUGACACCAUCGACAAUGUGAAGGCGAAAAUCCAGGACAAGGAGGGCAUUCCCCCGGACCAGCAGCGCCUGAUCUUCGCUGGUAAGCAGCUUGAGGAUGGCCGCACCCUGGCGGACUAUAACAUCCAGAAGGAGUCCACCCUUCACUUGGUGCUCCGUCUCCGUGGUGGCCAGUAAGUGCCUGUCAAUGGAGCGGCUUCUCUGUGGGUUGGGUUCACAGGUCUUGUGUCUUUGAUAUGUCCUCGAAUGGUGCCUGUGUCUGUCGUCCUGGUCGUUUCUAUGUUUCUACCGUAGUGUGAUGCAUCGUUAUGUUCGGUUGUUUUUGAGAAUUGCUGCUGUUGUGAACAGCUUUGGUGAACUUGAUAAAUAAGUGAGCCCUGAAUUGUGUCUGCAGCUGCGAGUUAUCCUGUGUUUUCUUUUGUUUGCUUCUAUCUGAUGCAUUUCAUCUCUAUUCA